AUGUUCCAUAGUCUCCCCUGUCUCCACCAUUUCGCCGUGUGUUACGGUGCCUUCUAGGUUUUGCAAUUAAAUUAAAACUCACUAUGCCUCCAAAGAAGAAAGCACCUGAGCCGAGUAAAAAGACUGAAAUGAAGAAAAAAGAGAAAGUAAUUGAGGACAAAACAUUUGGCCUCAAAAACAAGAAGGGAGCAAAAACGCAGAAGUUUAUCCAGCAGGUUCAGCACCAGGUGAAGUUUGGCAAUCAGCCUGCCAAAAAGGUGGAAGCACUAGCAAAGAAUGAGAAGAAGAAAACUGAAACAGAAGACUUAAACCAGCUACUUUUCAGGCCUGUUCAAAAGGUAGAGAAAGGGGCUGAUCCAAAGUCAGUGCUUUGUGCAUUCUUUAAGCAAGGAACCUGUGGGAAAGGUGAUAAGUGCAAAUUUUCUCAUGAUCUAACUAUUGAGAGGAAAGCGGAAAAGAGGGAUAUCUACACUGAUAUGAGAGACCAAGACACCAUGGACAACUGGGAUGAAGCCAAGCUUGCAGAAGUUGUAGAAAAGAAGCAUGGAGAAGCUGAAAGGCGGUUGCCAAAAACGGACAUUAUUUGCAAGCACUUUUUAGAUGCUCUGGAGCAGAACAAGUAUGGCUGGUUCUGGGAAUGCCCGAACGGAGGACAGAAGUGCCACUACCGCCACGCUGUGCCUCCUGGGUUUGUGUUGAAGAAGAAUAAGAAGAAUGUUGAGGAGAAUAAAACAGAAGAUACCUUGACAAUAGAAGACCUCAUUGAAACAGAGAGAGCAAAGAUAGGUGGCAACCUUCCCCGUAUCACUUUGGAGAGUUUCCUUGCAUGGAAAAAGGCUAAGAUUCGAGAGAAGCAGGACACGGAGCAAAAAGAGCGAGAUCGCAAGCGAGAUGAAUUCAAGGCUGGCCGCAGCAUUGGCUUGAGUGGCAGGGACAUGUUCACAUUUCGGCCUGAGCUGGCAGAGGAUGAUGGCCAGGAUGAAGAGGGUGAAGAAGCAUAUGACUUGUCUCGGUUUGAUGGUGAGGAAGAUAAUGUUGAGGUUAUAAGAGAGAUCACCCUGGAAAAUUUGAUGGCAGAGUCACUGCAAAGUGGAGACCUGGCAGCUGCAGCUGCCUCACCAAUAGAAGCUUCUAUGGCUACUUCUGUACCAAUUGACGAGAAACUCUUUGAAGAUGAUGACUUGGAAGAUCUUGAAGAACUUGAAGAUGAGUUGGAGGAACUUGCAAUUAAGUAAUUUGGUAGGUUCAUUGGACGUGUCGCUGCUUGUUGCAGUUUUAUUUUUGUGAAUAAAUAAACAUGAAUGAAACAAAUUUGAAACAGUG